AUGGCUGCUGCUAGCAGCACUAAAAACAGUGCCACUAUCGUCCAAGUGAUCCAAACUACCUCUAAAAGACGGACGUGGAAUGAAGUCGAAGUGGAGGAGAUUGAGGAGGUGGACGAUGAAGAAGAGGAGGAGGCUGAGGGUAACGAGGGUGAUGAUCACCACCCCCACAACAAGAGCUUUGACGACUCUGGCGAGGAGCACUUGGUGAUAAUCAGCAGUGAGCCGGCGGUAGCACCGGCGGCAACCACCACAACCGCCACUCAAUCUCGACAGAAUCGCCAGCAGGCACUGCAAAAGCUUGACUUGAGCUCGAGCUUGACUAAAAGCAAUCACCAUCAUCACCCUCAUCAUUUGUACGACUCUGACAGCAGUCAGCCCAUCAUUCAAUCACCACCCGUCAGCGGACAAUCCUCACCUCAGCCACAUCAGCCAAACAACAACAACAGCAGCAGCAGCAGCUACUUCAAUCCAACGCAAAGCAGGGUACAGCUAAAGCGCAAGUCCUACUCCUCGAUGAUGUCCUCGAAGGUGAUGCAGCGGACGGUGAGCAGCAGCAGCUCCAACUCCUACUUUGGCACGGUGGACGAGGAAACCGAUGACGAUGAGGAGGAUGAGGGCAGCGAACGGACCGCCAAGCCGAGCAUCAACAACUCCUCUUCUGUUGAUAGCACCACUCAGGAGGAGGCAGCAGAACAUCAGGCUCAACCAUCCACAUCUGCCGCCGCUGAUGCCGGCAGUUUUGUGCCGCCUUUCCCUUCUACCACUGAACACCACCCACCAUUAAAGCAUAAAAGUGGCAGCUUUGAGGUGUUUUCCGAGCUUCAGAAUCACAGCCCGAACCCGAUGCAGUAUCGCCAGACGCAUCAUCAACCGCAGCAGUAUCAUAAACAACAACAACCAAUCAAUCCUCAACCAGGAAAAACUGGCUCAGCUAGUCAGCAGCAAACAAAAAUUCCCAGCAAGAAGAGUGCUCCCAGCACCGACUUUCCCAGUUGGAUGCCUUCAGCCAUUGCCUCCACCAUCCACG